AUGGGGCAGCCUGGUGAGCCGGGCAGGGGCCAGAGCUGCGGUCACAGAGGAGACACAGAGGCCUCCCGGAGCUCGGCGCCGCCCUGGGAGCGCGCUGGACUGGCGGGACCCAGGGCUGGGGGAGUCUGCCUAAGAGCGGAGAGCAGGCUGAGCUGGGGCGACGAGGGGGCGCCUGCCAGGUCGAGGAUACCGGGGGGAGUCCUGAUGGGAGAAGGAGCAGAGAGAGGGAAGCCUUGCAGGAGAGAGAGUGCACUGGUCCCGAAAAUGCACCUCCCUCCGCGCGAUGGGGGCCGGCCCAGGAAUGAGGUGGGGAGGCAAGCUGAGCAGCUGAGCAGGCAGAGAGUCCGGAGGACAUUCAGACGCGGCCUCGGCCCGGAUGCGGAUACGUCAGCUUAG